GUGUCGCGCCGCGGCAUGUGGGCUCCGGCCGGCGGGCUGUUGGGCCCCCGCGCGGGGCUCCGGGCGCUGCUGUGCGGCCGGGACGCCGCGCUUCUUCCGGGCCGCGCGCGGGCCCUGCACGGCUCCGCAGUCGCCUGCGGGAGCAAGAACUUGCUCAAGAAGUUUGCCUCCAAGUCCAAAAAAAAGUUUUGGUAUGAAGGUCCGUCCUUGGGGUCUCACUUGACUCACAAGCCAUCCAAGUUGGACUUGCUGGUGCAGAGUACUUCGAAGAAAACCAGGAAGGAAGACCACGUGCGCCUGAGGGCCCUGAAUGGCCUCCUCUAUAAAGCGCUGUCUGAUCUGCUGUGCACCCCUGAAGUGAGUCAGGAGGUCUGCGACCUGAACCUGGAGCUCUCCAAGGUCUCCCUGACUUCAGACUUCUCAGCCUGCCGCGUAUACUGGAAGACAACUCUCUCUGCGGAGCGGAACGCCCACGCACAGGCCGUCCUGCAGAGAAGCGCUGCGUACAUGAGGCUCCUCUUCUACCCUUCCAGGGACCCUGACGGCCCACCCCUGUGUGACACCGAAGGACUGGCCACACACUCAAGUCUGUGUGGGAUCGAUCACCAGGCGCUCAACAGGCAGAUCAUGGAGUACAAGAGGAGGAGAGAGGGCAGGCUCGGGGCUGCAGCUGGGCCAGGGCCAGCGGCCGAGCUGGCAAAGCCCAUGGUAAAAGGGAAGAAGAAGGCCAGGCCCCGUGCGGAACAGGACAGCUCCCUCAGGAGUUACCUGGCAGGCGAGGACGACCUGGAUGACGCCCCAGGUCCUGAGAGCCACCCUCAGGACUCAGAGGAGGAGUGGGAGGCAGACAGAGGAGGCAGAGGCACAGAUCACGGGCGCUAUGCCGGUGGGUAGGUGGGCGUCAGCUCUGCCUGCUGUGGCUGUGGGGCCUGUACCCAGCCUGAGCAUGUGAGAGAGCCCAUUGGCAUGAGGUGCAGCCUGUGACUUCAGUCGGCUGGUGGCUUCGUCUGCUCUUCUGCCACGCCCAUGGUUUAGCUCUUCCAUGUUUCUAAACGUGAUUUCCUACAGAAA